AGCAGGCUUUUAUCCGAUGUCUCAGUUUUUGAAGCCGAGAAGGGCGGCGGAUGCGGGAGUAGCGAAGAAAGUCAAGGAUGUCGGCCGGAGGCAUCCUCAAGGGAGUGGUUCUCAUCUCCGGCAGCAACUCCGGUAACAGUACCGUAGGAGGAUCUCUCAACCUCUUUGAGGACCCAUCCACCGGUUUCACACACGUGAGGGGUAAGGUCACUGGCCUCUCCCCCGGCCUCCAUGGUUUACACAUUCACGCCUUCGGAGACACCACUAACGGCUGCAACUCGACGGGCCCUCAUUUUAAUCCAUAUAAUAAGCUUCAUGGAGCUCCAGAUGAUGUGGAACGGCAUGCUGGCGACCUGGGAAAUGUUUCAGCUGACGAGCAUGGGGUUGCUAACGUAUGGUUAAAGGAUUUACAGAUUCCGCUAAGCGGACCAAAUUCUAUACUGGGAAGGGCUCUGGUGGUUCAUGCUGAUCCGGAUGAUCUGGGAAGGGGUGGUCAUGAACUUAGCAAAAGCACAGGGAAUGCAGGGGCUCGAAUUGGCUGUGGUAUAAUUGGCCUUCAGUCAGCUGUUUAAUCAGCGUCCACACACACAUAUAUGUCGCACGCACGCAUGCACUCGCGCGCACAUAUAUCAUGUUUUAAAUAAGUCAAUUUGUGCUAAAUCUAAGCUGAGUAUACAGAACUUUGAAGCUGCAAUAUACUAUGGAAAUAGGGGGUCAGUAUACCUGCUGUCACUUAAAACCAUGACUACUGUAAAUUUAACAAAAAAUCUACUAUUAU